CUCCGGUCGACAGAUUUAUGAUAUCUGUGUGUUUGUUAUCGUGUUUGAAGGAUGGUUCUGAAGGAAUAUAUUGGAAAAUGGGAUUCGAUGGGAAUUGAUUAAACAAUUGCAGUUCAUUUCAUAAUCUGAAAUAAAUUAGUCUUACUGAAUAGGAGCAUUAAAAAAACUAUGACAGAGAAAGAAGAUGCUACCAAACAAUCUGAAAAUGAGCCAUUAGAUGACGAAGCGUUAGAGAAAUUAGCCGUAGAAGAGCUAAUGCGGGAAGCUGUACAAGGAGCCGCCAGAGCCGAAAUAGUUGGCCCCUCCGGCUGGAUUAAAGCCCCGCAACAGAAGACGAAUAAACGUUUUCUUGUCAACACAUUGCGGAAUGCUGUGAGUUCGAACAAGUAUCACCAAACAAGACAUAGUAGCAGACAUAGCAGAUCUCCGAAGCGGGACUAUCCCCCGAAAACCACUAUCAAAAAAGAAAAGUCGAAAAGAAAACAUUGAAAUGGAAGAAUACGAUGUGGAUAUUGUUAUAAAAAAUAUAUUUGAUAGUAAAGAUCCAAAUUUAUGGAAGCCAUCAGACAAAAUUCCUCUUUUAACUAAAGAAGUAGAAAUGUUAAAAAAUGAUUUGAGAACAUUUUUGAAGAAUAGUGACUAUGACACAGAAUCAAUAUUAGAGGAAUGUGGGGAGCUCUGCAAGGAGACUAAUGGUUUAAUAGAUGGCAUGGAAACAUGUAAGCAGGAAAUAGAGCAAGAGACAAUGGCAGAAAUAUUAAAGUCUAUAGAAAGUCAUGAUACAUUAUCCAAGGAACUUGAGUCGGUAAACUUUGCUUUGAAUAUUGUUUAUGAUGUAGUACAGUGUGGUAAAUAUGUUAAAGAAUUUGAUGACGGCCGGGAAGCUCAAAGUUUCACCAGGGCAGUAGAAGCAGUUUAUGAUUUACUCCAGUACAUAGAAAUGCCAGCUGAAGGAUUUAAACAGUUGGACAUGUACAAUAACACUAGACACACUGCUCAAUUAAUAUUAGACAGUUUACUCUCUGAUUUAUAUACAGAAUGGGACAGAUUGAUUUCUACUUCUGUCAAGCCUGGCCCUAAAAAAACAAUUAUCACAAUAACUCUAAACAUAGAAGAUUCAUUAAUUGUCAUUGAUGUUUUGAAUGCGCUCGAGAAAAGUAAGAAACUUACUGAAAAAGUAAAAGACUUUUCACAAUUUUUAUUAAAGGAUGUUCUCGUACCCAUAAUAAAUAAUGAUUCAGUGGUUUUUGCUGAGACUGAUGAGCUAAUGACAAUUACAGUGAAUAAUAAGUCAGAAAACAAGCCAUCAUAUAUUGCCGUCAUUUCUAAUCUGAGGUUGCUAUUCCAUUACCUAAGUAAUAAGUUAAACAUAGAAUAUAACAAAGAAAACUCAAUAAUGAAGAUGAUAGGGAAACAAAUAUGUGUGGAGUUCAGUGAUAUAUUAGUGAAAGAUUGUCUUCUUGACACUAUACCAAAUAAUAUAAAUGAACUUCAAAGUUAUGGGAAAAUCACUUCAGAAAUAGAAGAUUUCCAACAUUUCUUAGCCAUAGUUAAGUUCUUUCCUGAUGAUAAGAUUUCAAUAUUAAAAUAUGUUAACAAUAUAGAUAUACUUUUUGCUAGUAAGUCCAGCCAGUAUUUUUUAGAGACAGCUCGUUCUAUAAUGCUCAAAGAUUUGAGUGUGACCAUGUCUAUUGGGGUGGAAAAUAUACCAGAAGUGAAUCCAGGGACCAGUUCAAGCAGCGUGGGUGAAACUGAAGAAGAAGCCUUAAAGAUACUUGAUAAGACAAUCCCCAAGAGUUUGUUUUAUUUCCCAAGAUGUAUGAUAUCAAAAACUGCUCAGGAAUUGUUAGAUCUUGUGUAUGUGAUGAUGGAGCAGGCAGUCCAGUGUUCAGAUGUUGUUUGUAAGAAGCUUUACAACACCACACGCCUUGUUUUUGAGCUGUAUGAUGCUGUUGUACCAUAUCAUCAUGAAAAUUAUUUACAAACUAUACCCCAGUAUGUUGCCCUAUUCCACAAUAAUUGCAUGUAUUUAGCACACAACCUUCAGACAUUUGGUGACAAAUGGCUGAUAUUAAUGGAAGGCCGAGAAUUAGAUUACCCUAUCAGUUUCGUGGACCUGGUGCAGAAAAUACGGGAUCUUGGCUACCGCCAUCUUGCUGUGCAUAUGCAACAACAGCGUAAGCAGAUCUUGGACAACAUACGAUCCUCAGACUUGAACUGUAUCGUCGUGAAAGAUGUGCUCAGUGACAAUGCUGAAGCUGCAGUCAGACAGUGUCUGAGACAGUUGCAUCUACUGAAAAACGUCUGGAUUGGUGUCUUUCCUAUCAACGUCUUUACAAGGUUGAUGGCAACACUUGUGAAUAUGUUUGUAGAUGAGUUGAUUCACAGAGUUUGCACAGUUGAGGAUAUCUCUAUGGAAAUGGCUACCCAGCUCACGGAUAUGUACACUCUGGUUGUACAAAAAGCACCCCUUUUGUUCCAGAAUCAUUCGGAUGUGGAGCUGUAUGUGAAAUCAUGGGUAAAGCUUCAAGAGUUGAUCUUCGUCCUGGGAGGGUCUUUGAAAGAUAUUGAGAACCACUGGAGUGACGGCACCGGUCCUCUCGCCAUACACUUCAAUAUAGAAGAGCUAAGGAGUCUCAUCAAAGCAUUAUUUCAAAAUACUCAGUUCCGCGCUAAUUUAUUAGCUAAAAUAAAGUAACAAUAUACCUAUUAAAUAAUUGUCACAGUCACUAUUAUAAUUAUUCAUGUCCGGUG